AUGUUCAUCAAUAAGAAGGAGCUCAAAGACGCCGGUCAGCUUGCCGACUUCAUGGCCAACAUUGUCGAGGCAUCAUACGAGGAGAAGCUUGAGGUUCUGGCAGCCCUCGACGUCAAGGUCCGCCUUGCCAAGGUUAUUGAGCUGCUGGACCGUCAGGUCAGCGGUAUCAAGAACAACUUCAAAAUCACCACAUUCACCAGCGUUCCUGUGCAAUUCCUCGAUAAGCUCAACGACAAGACAUCCCGCCGCGUCGGACCCAACGGCGCCCCGCUACCGCCCAACACCAUGUUUCCACCUGGCCCCAACGGCGUCAUGGGCCCUAACCAAGACGAGGAACAGGAGCCCAACGAGUUGGAAGAGCUCAAGAAGAAGCUGGAUAAGGCUAGACUCCCACCUGAAGCGGCCAAGAUGGCCGAGAGGGAACUGCGGAGGCUCAAGAAGAUGAUGCCUGGCAACCAAGAGUACCAGGUCACUCGGACAUGGCUGGACGUGCUUGCUGAGAUUCCCUGGUCUGUGACUACAGACGACAGACUGGGACCUGACACGCUCGCCAGAGCCCGAAAGCAGCUGGAUGAGGAUCAUUAUGGUCUGGACAAGGUCAAGAAGCGGCUGGUUGAGUAUCUGGCCGUGCUAAGGCUCAAGCAGUCUAUCAACGACGAUGUCGAUGAGCAGAUCAAGAAGGCAGAGCAAGAAGCGGUUCCUCCCGAAUCCGAUAAGGAGGAAGAGUCCGAGAAGAAGGAGGCCGCCGAUGCCGAUCUGGAGGAGCGGACGAAGCUGGCAAACACCAAGAUCGAUGUACUUCGAUCGAAGCGAAUGGUCGACAGGUCACCCAUCAUGCUCUUGGCCGGCCCGCCUGGUGUGGGCAAGACGAGUUUGGCCAGGUCUGUCGCCACAGCUCUCGGCAGGAAGUUCCAUCGUAUUUCGCUUGGCGGUGUCAGAGACGAAGCCGAGAUUCGUGGUCACCGACGGACCUACGUGGCAGCCAUGCCCGGUCUCAUUGUCCAAGGCUUGAGAAAGGUUGGCGUGGCGAACCCUGUGUUCCUCCUCGACGAGAUUGACAAGUUGGGCAUGUCCAACCAUCAAGGGGACCCGUCCGCAGCCAUGCUUGAGGUCCUGGAUCCCGAGCAGAAUAACUCGUUCACGGACCACUACGUUGGCCUGCCCGUUGACUUGAGCAAGGUAUUGUUCAUCGCCACCGCCAACAGUCUGGACACCAUCCCUGCCCCGCUUCUGGACAGAAUGGAGACAAUCUAUCUGCCGGGCUACACGACCCUUGAGAAACGCCACAUUGCAAUGCAGCACCUCGUGCCCAAGCAGAUCCGGGUCAACGGACUCUCGGAGGACCAGGUCAGCUUUGACAAGGAGGUCGUGUCCAAGAUUAUCGAAUCAUACACCCGUGAAUCAGGGGUUCGGAACCUUGAGCGCGAGAUUGGCUCCGUCUGUCGUGCCAAGGCUGUUGAGUUCGCUGAGGCCAAGGACGGAGGACAGCUUGAGACGUACAGGCCGCAGCUUACGGUUGAGGACAUUGAGGAAAUCCUAGGCAUCGAGAAGUUUGAGGAGGAAAUCGCCGAAAAGACGAGCAAACCUGGUAUCGUUACCGGUCUGGUGGCGUACAGCUCGGGCGGCAACGGUAGCAUCCUGUUCAUCGAGGUUGCCGACAUGCCUGGAAACGGCAGUGUGCAGCUUACCGGUAAGCUGGGAGACGUGCUCAAGGAGAGCGUCGAGGUCGCUCUGUCUUGGGUCAAGGCCCAUGCGUACGAGCUGGGCUUGACCUCGGAGCCGACUGCCAAUAUCAUGAAGGAGCGCAGCAUCCAUGUCCAUUGCCCCUCGGGCUCGAUCCCGAAGGACGGCCCCAGCAGUGGUAUGGCACAAGCGAUUGCCCUCAUUUCCUUGUUUUCUGGCAAGCCUGUGCCUCCUACAAUGGCCAUGACGGGCGAGAUAUCAUUGCGGGGCCGUGUUACUGCCGUCGGAGGCAUCAAGGAGAAGCUCAUCGGCGCCCUCCGAGCGGGCGUCAAGACGGUGCUACUCCCCGCGCAGAAUCGGAAGGAUGUGAAAGAUCUUCCCCAGGAGGUCAAGGACGGCUUGGAGAUCCUCCAUGUCAAUCAUGUCUGGGAGGCCAUCCGGCUCGUGUGGCCCGACUCUCAGUGGCCCGGCGCGGAGCCCUUCCCUCCCAUCGAGAGCCGGCUGUAA